AACCAGGAUCUUUAGUUAAAUAUAGAAGUCACUCUCCAUGACAGUAAGGAGUCCAGGACAACAAUGAAGUCUCUCCGAUUCAUUAGCGCCGAAGCAUUUGUGUCAAAUGCAGAGUUUGCCAGGAAGAGUCUCAGGGCUGUUGCCCAUGAUCUUUUUCCGCUUCUUUUUAAAGCCAGCUAUUUACUGGAGCAAGGGGAAGUGAUUCACGACUUGGUAGAGAACUGGCCACUUUUUGAUUUUAACAUGGGAAAACUUUUGGGAGCUACUCUGGACUACGAGGAAGACCUGAGCCAUAGAACAUGCUCAGUGUGCUUGGAAAGCUGUCUGACAGGGCUGAGAGACUAUGUGCUGAAUCAGUCUUCUCCCUACAUGAAAAAGUUGAAAGUGGUCGACCUGACGGGUAUAAAAGAUGUUGAAGUUCAGUUUUGUAAGUGCAAGAAGACAAUGGGCAGGUGGGCCAGAACACAGCUGCUCUCUAAGCUUUGUUCAGACCUCCUGGUUUACCUGCAACAAGCACAGUGCAAUCCAGGUACCUUUGAAGUCAGUAUCAAUGUACUAAUUGACUUGUUUGUUACAGAGCGGAACUAUGAGCUGGUCGUGCAGGCCCUGUUGAAGAAAUGCAGUUGUCCGCUGAAAAUCUGCUGUGUGGCAUUCAGAUCUGACAACCUGACCUUGCAGAAAUUCUUCUAUAUCAUAAAGCUUACUGAUCCCUCCUUGUUGCGCAAACUGGAAAUAGUUCAUAAUGUUCACUUGGAAAUGGAACACUUGGAAAUGCUCUUCAACAGUAUCCACUUCCCUCUAUUGAUGUCCUUGACCUUGCCAGCACGAACAUUUAAUGUGCGGAGGUUCACGGCUACAGAUGAACAGAUGCUUACAAACAUUGGCGAAAAGAUGGGUGAAAUGACACAGCUUACGGAGCUGAGUGUGUCAUUUUCUAUACUCACUGGAAGAAUACAGAAACUUCUCAGCCCACUAAAAACUCCACUGAAGAUGCUGGAUGUUUCUAACUGCUCCUUGAACCAUGCUGAUAUGGCCUUUUUGGCCAAUAGUUUCCAUGCCAAUAAUUUGGAAGCCCUGGACCUGAGUGGUCACGAUAUACCUGAGCUUUACCCAUCAACAUUCUUUAAGCUCCUCAGCCAUUGCUCUUCAGUGCUCAGGAGUCUUACCCUGGAGGACUGUAAUAUCCAAGACACUCAUGUCAACAUGUUGAUUUUGGGUUUAAGCCCUUGUCAGAAACUACAGGAGUUUAAGUUUAUUGGAAACCCACUGUCAUCCCAAGCACUUAAACAUCUUUUCACAUUUCUCUGUGAGUUGCCAAUGCUGAAAAAUGUGGAGUUCCCAGUUCCAAGGGAUUGCUACCCUAUUGGCAUCACCUACCCCAUUGAUGAUGCCAGUGUUUGCAGAUUUGAUCACCAAAAAUAUGAAAGGGUAGCAGAGGAGCUUAACCUCAUUUUACUCCAAGCAAAUAGAGAUGAUGUGAAGGCUUCAACGCCACUCUUUGGGAGUUAUGAUGCAGCUGUUCAGGAGACAAACAAUGAACUGGGAGCUUACUUGAUCAAGUCCUUCAAAGAGACUUUAGAGAAGUUCACUUCUUCAUUUAACAAAAUGAGUUAAAUUUGUAAAAUUGUAAAGUAGCGAUGAGAUGAUCUGCCAAAUCAGAACUUAGUCUUUUCUAGAUCUGCACCUUCAAUCAUCAGUUGUGAAUUUUCUUUUAUUUUUCAGCUGAAUUUACUAUUAUAGCCUCUAAUUACCCGAGGUACUGUAACUUACGCUAUAUCUAUUGCAUACACAUUACACAAGAACUGCUUGUUCACAGAAGAGGAGAGGACACUCAAGAGUGCAUUAUUUUAUACACAUGCACUUUUUCUCAGUAAAUCAAAUAGGUGUUUAAGCUUGGUUAAUUUCUUAUACAGGUUCCCUUAGAUUUGUCAGCUGGUCUGUGAGCCCUGGAGAAAAAAUAGGGAAGUCCUUUCCCAAGUCCAGCAGGAUGGUCAAAAGAUUGUGCACAUAUCCUCACGUGUGGCUCCCUAAACUGAUUUUUUUUUUUCUGCUCAUGACCUGAAUUUACCAAUCUUUGUUUUAUGUAGUAUAUUCCAAAUAAUGGAGAAUGUGUAACAGCUUCCAUAUCCCUGUGCCUCUUUCUUCUGCAGAGUCAAAUGCAAUAAACAGAAUUUGUUUUACACACUGCCCUUGGUGAGGAGUAAAAUUCCAUACUGAGGAGGCAGCAAACCAAGUGGUUGGCUGACAGUAGGAGAUCUCAUCCCACUUAUCCAGCAAUAUUAAGCACUCUGUGGGGACUCUGCUGAUGUUCUUGCAAUGUGUAUUUUAGAAAGGUGGACCAGGACAGUGCUGCACAGCCAUGCCUCUCAUGUCAGCUGGUCAGUACCUCAAGAUACUCCCUUCCUGGAAUCAGCUUCUUGGCUGGAAGAAUGUACCCUGUUCCUUUCAGCUGGUUUAAAGAAAGUCUAGGACUGUGGUAGUACUGAAAAAAAGACUGGUGUUGAAAAGACAUGCAAAAAAAAAUUAUUCCAAUGUCAAUUAAAAAAUGUGGAAAAGGGACAAGGCUGGUUGCUGAAUAACUAGAAGUUCAUCUGUAUAAAACACUGCUGGCUUUCUGUCAGGACUCUGCGUUCUCUACAGACUUGCAACCAGUAUCAGGAAAAAUCACAUUUAUUUGUCUAACUUUAGUGCAAGGAAACUAUUAGAAUGACAGAGUAAACAGUAUCCCAGACUCCACACAAGCAGCAUUGGAGCAUAGUUAAAGGGGCCAACUGGAUGUCAGGACAGUAGUGGCCACAGGAUGCACAUCUUUGAAGAGUACUAUAAUUGGGGCCUGAGUGGUAAACAACUGCUACUCAGCUUCUCACCUGUAAAACUAGAGACUUGAUAAUUAAAAAAAUAAACAUAAUAAUAUUAAAAAUAUAAUAAAUAUCAUUUAAUAGUUCAUGAAAACUUGUUCAGACAGGACUGAAAGUGAAUGUUUGUAGCAGGAGCUGAAGGUGUCACUGUAGUAUUGAGGAUCAUCAUUAAGAUAACCAGGACAGUUUAUUUGAAAUAAUACUGGGCCUCAUCAUCUGAGGGUAAGGAAAAAAACUUUCUUCAUUUAGGCAGUGCUGAUUUGUCAAGCUUUCUGUUUAUCUACAGUAGGAAUAUGCAAGCAACUCUUAACCUAAUUUAUUUUAGAAAAACCCCCAAACAAACCAAAAAUUAAUGGACCAAGUACUAAGCAGAACUUACAGGUUCAACAGCAUGCAUUUAAAUGAUUUUUUGAUGUCAGCUCACAUUCUAACAUGUUUUAUUUAUUAAACAUAUGAUGGUAAAAUUGAAAGUGAAUGGUCAUGACCUGUUUAUGUUUACAGAGCUUGUGAAAAAUAAAAAGGUAAUCUAAGUUGCUAAGCUAAGGAGUUGUGAAUAGUAAAUGACAGAAUUAGGUCCCAUAUGACCUUGCUUAUAUUUUGACAGAAUUCCACAUGCUCCUUUAUCCUUGCCUCUACUGCACCUUUUCUUCCGUCCAACCUCACCAUUCUUUCCAUCUCAGACUCAACCCAUGACUUCUCAGUCAGAUUUAAGUUACUUGAAUUUUGCUAAGCCAAAUGUCUACCUCUUUGGGAUGAGUAGUGGUGCUUUUGCUGGGAAAGGACACUGUCCUGUAGCUGUAAAACUGUACUGAUCCUUCCCCCCUUCAAUCUAACAGGUUGUACCUGGAGGUGAAGGUUGGCCAUUUUGGAGCAUGCUGUGGUACAACAGUCAGUCCUUGGCCUUUCUCGGUACACACAAAAUAGACAACUCUUAUUUCAAAAUAAUUAGAUGCCUUAUAAAGUCUGCUGUCUCUGUAGGAAAUAAAUAUUCUCCUUUGACAAACUUAAUGAAACUGAAGAACAGGCAAAAAAAAUCAUAUAAGUGACCUUUGCUACAUCUGAUCUCUUCAUAAUUUAAGUCAUAUUAUGUUUUGGCUACACACAAAACAGUUGAAAAAAGUAACAGGAAGAAAGAUGAUUGUAAGAUUUUUACUGUGGAAGAAGCA